AUGGCCGAAGACUCCAAGCCUCAGAUCGAGGAGCCCUUGGCUCUGCCAGAGUCCCUCCAGGGCAUCGCCAAGAAGAGCCGCAAGAGAAAAGGCAAGACCCUCAUCAACCGUGGUCCUACAGCGCUUCCAAAGAACCGUGGAAGUGGUUUCGAGGAGUACUUCGCUGAUCCGCCUCUGACCCCCGUCGAGGCCACGGAGGAGAAGAAUGAGAUCUACUCGCCAGACCUCCCUUUUGCUGAGCGCAUGCAAUCUUGCAUCCAGCGUUUCCGUUCCCGCCGUCGUCUCCAGGGCGAUCGCGGCCUGUACUUCAACGAGUAUCUAUUCCUCGGCGGCGUCGAUACCACGCCCAACACCUUCGGCGGUCUCAGCCAGCAAGAGCUAAAGGAACUGACUCCCGCCCAGCGCCGAGAGGCAACUGCCACAGAUAUCAUCUGGGCCAACUCCCAAGGUGGCGACAAGUUCUACGAUGGUGAUGACAAGAAGUGGAGUGUCGAUUUCGCUGCUGUCGUCGCGGGUUUCUUCUCCGUCAGUCUCGUCCACCUGACCUCCUUUGAGCCCAAGAGAAUGGAGGAGGGUAUCGACACGAUUAAGAACUUUCUUCGAUACGUUCUCCAGCACGAUGUCUGCCCUGAGUACGGGGACAGUGUCAACGAGGCUCUCGAGCUGUGCAAGACUGCGAGUGUCGAGUGGCCCAUGAUCCGACAGCUCAUGGCUGAUCUCCCCGGCAACUUCACCCUCGCCUGCUCGGAGAUCUUCUACGGGGAAGCAACCGACGAGCAUUGGUCAUUCCAGACUUUCAAGCGGCCCAAGGGUUUCGAUCCCAAGGCCGUCUUCUUCGCGGCCUUUGCUCUCAUGGACGAGCCUGAGCUCUUCGAGAAGCUGUCGCUCAAGGAACCCAGCAUCUUCAGCGAAUACACCUGCACUCUUGAGCUGGUCGAAGUCAUCCGCCCUGAAGAGGAUAUCGUCAAGCGAUUCAAUUCUCUCGUCAUUGGCGACAAGGCAGCGAACCACGUCCCUGUUGGCAAAGCUGUCUUCAAACAAGGCUACAUUCAGGAUGAUUGGGAGAACCCCUGGUCUGGGGAGUGGCCCGUCAAGGAGGAUACCAUCACUAUCUUCCUCGACGAUGCUCUUCUUGCAAACAUGAUGCCGGGCUUAAGGACUGUUGCGACUAUUUGUGAAUUGGAUGCGGGACUGCGGUUUCUCAAAUCUGUUGAGAUGAUUGUCCCGUCAUUCUUCAUUUUUCUUCCUCAAGAGUUGAUGCGUCACUACAAGGAGCCCAGAGUUGAUGAUCGCGUUGCUCCAUCGACCCGAAAUGCGCAGAAGGGAAAGGGUCUUGAUGAGGAUGAAUACUGA